UCGUUGAAAUAAUUUUCGUAACAACGAUCACACUCGUUUGUGCGCGGUGAACGGUUGUUUCUCGGCAAUCGACACUCGUUUGUGUAUUGCGAAGACGGGCGGACGUACGUCGGCGUCGAAAGCGGAAAAAGCGCUAAAGCGAAAUAGCGAAAAAGUGCGAAUACGCCAGCAACAACUUGUUUUUUUUUGUCCAACCAGCGUCGUCGCGACAACAACAGAAAGGAAUAUAAUUAACCAAAAAAAAAAAACAUACAUAAGCGAGAGAGAAAAGCAGCCACUAAUAUAUAACGACAAAUGAAUAAAAUAGUUUUGUUUUUUUGCCACACUGCAAAAAUGCAGUCAGCGUUUGUUUGUCUCCUUAAAUGAAUCCAAGCCCACUGUGAAAAAAAAGGAUAACCGGGGAAAAACCAAAGAAGGAUAUCAACAACCAGAGGAUACCAAGAGAGUGAGAGCAAGCGAAAGCGCAUUCAAGAGCGAAAGAGCGAGCGAGAGCGAGCUAGAGUGGAGCGAUGGCCAGCGAGGAUGUGCAGAUUACCAGCGUCAUCGAUGCAAAUGGCCAGAAUUUGCCGCUCCACGGCACCAGCUUGGGCGGAUCCCUGGGUCCGCCCGUGAAACAGGAGCGUCCCGAUGACGCCGAGAUCCGCGAACUGGCCGCCAAGAUGAAGGAGCAACAGAAGCAACAGGCCGCCCAGCAGGCAUCCCGUCAAGCGGCCAUGCAGCACUCGAAUGGCGGUGGUGGCGGCUCAUCUGCCACAUCCGGUGGCAAUAUGCAGCCACCGAUCACCAAUGGGAAUGGUCAGACAAACAUCAUGAGUUAUCUGUCCCGGCAUCAGAAACUACCCAAUGGUACCAUGCAGGUGGUGCCCGCCUUAGCCGCCAAUGGCCGCUCCAACGGGGCCAUCAGCGACUCUGCCGGUUCGGACAAGAAGUCCUCCUCAUCGGCGGGUCCCUGCGAUGAGGAGUCCAUCAACGGCCACUUUGGCUGGGCCCAGUUCGGCAAGGUGUCCAUACCGUACAUCUUCAGGCAGUCGGAGAAGUACUGCUCCGUCCGCAUGAUCGAGCUGAAGCUGCUGGGCAAGUACCUCAAUUGCCUGCACCCGGACAUCUACUCCAGCUGCACCUGCGUGCGCAGCUACUAUAUCACAGAUGCCGAGGCCCGUCUCUUCAUCGAGAUCAAUCACAAGCAUUGUGACAGCGAGUUCGGUCGCGAUAUCUUCAAUCAAAAGGAUCUGGUGGUGCGUCUCAGUGAUGCCUCCAAGUUCUAUCAGUUCCUCGACAUUUGCUAUCGCAAACUGGUCUCCGGCAGCAAGACGCCAUCGGAGAAAUGCGGCUUCAUUCGCAUCAACAAGGAAUCGGUGGUGCCGUACACUGUGCGCAAUAACCAGCAGGUUGUGCCGCUCUUCUACUUCGAGGGCGAGACUGAGAAUCUAAAGACCAAGGCGGAGCUGCUCAACGGCUGGGAUCUGGCCUAUCUGAAGUUCUGCUGCAAGGUGCAGGGCAUACGCAACGAGCUCUUCUCCAGUGAGAAUGUGGCCGUCAUCUCGCUAACGGACAUCAAGAGCUACUUCCCCAAUGGCACCGAAUUCGAGGACUACUGGCCAAGCAAGGUGGUCGACUCGAAUCUGCUGAUUGGCAAUCGGGCCAAUGUCAAUAAUUCGGUGAACUGGACACGACAGCCCUCGGCGCCGCCGCCCAAGGUGACGACAUCGGGCUCCGGAUCGUCGAGCGGCGGCGGCGGCGGCGGAGGAGGAUCCUCCUCCUCCAGCGGUGGCAAUGGCCUGGGACAGAAUUCCUCCACAUCCUCGUCCUCGAAUUCGGCGGGCGGCGGUGGCGGCGGCGGUGGUGGUCAACAGGUGACCUCCAAGUCGCAGCAGCAACAGCAACAUGCUUCGGCCGCAGCUGCGGCAGCGGCCUCGGCGCAACAGCAACACCUGAUGAAGCAACGCGCCGCCGCAGCAGCAGCCGCCGCCGCCGGCGCCAAUGGGGUGGCCAGUGCGGCCAACAGUUUCGGGGCAGCCGCGGUGGCGGCCUUCAAUUCCCAGGCGGCGGCGGCAGCCUCAAUGCUCCAGCAGUCGCAGGGCAACAACAGGAUGCUCUCGCAGGCCACCGUACAGGCCCUGGCCAGCAGCGGCUGGAUGUCCGGGCAGAGCAACCUGCAGCUCCACGCCCAGAUGAUGGCCCAGCAAACGCAUGCGAACGCAAAUCGCGUGGGAAGCUACCGGGAGCACAUGAACAACCUGAUGAUGAGCGGCGGCAGCCGGCAGCCGUAUUCCUACAACAAUCCCGCGAUCUCCAUGUCCUCGGUGAACAACCACAGCGGGGGUGGCGGGAACGCCCCACCUCCCCUCGUCCGCUCGGCGGCGGGCCAGAAUGCCAACCACAUGUCAAAUGUCGAGCAGUCACUGGUGCAACAACAACAACAGCAACAGACACAACAACCGCAACAACAACGACACCAGAACAGCACAUAUAACAACAACAACAACAACAGCAACAACAACCAUGCACCACAGCAACACUCCUCACCAAACAACCAGAACAAUAAUAGCCACCACCAUCAUCACCAUCAACAACAGCAACAGCAGCAGCAACAUGCCUUAGCCAAAAGUCACGGCAGCAACAGCAACAGCAGCAACAUGAGAAGUAACAACAACAACAGCAGCAGCAGCAACAAUGCCAGCAGCAACAACUCCAAUUCGGCAGCCGCUGUGGCCGCUGCUGCUGCGGCUGGCUAUGUGCAGGCUCUUCUAGGAGGAGGAGGCGGUGGAGUCGGCGGCGGCGGUACAGGGGGCGUGGCUGUUGGCGCUGGCACCAGCAGCAACAAUGCCUUCAACUACAACCUGCCCUCGACUCGAGCGGAUUACACAAAUCUAGCCUUGUGGAAUCAACUGACACCCGCCCAACGUUUGCUCUUCAGUCAGCAGCUAAAAGGUGCUAGUACUGGCACUGCCAUUGGUAAUCCCAGCAAUCCCAGUUCCAUUCAUCAUCAUCCCACCGGAAAGCAGAACUUUCCAGCCCUGCCCUCCUUGCCACUGGACACAGAUCUGAUUACCAUGCUGGACUAUAAUAAUCCCAAUAAGGCGAAUAAAAGUCUGAAAUCUGGUGGUGUUACCUUUACCAAACCCAUAGUGCCACCAUUGAUACCAGAUGGUUCGGGUGCCGAGAUAACUCUGACCAAAAGCAGCAGAAGAGGAGGAGGUGGUGGUGGUGGUGGAGGAGCAGCUGAUGGUGGAGGAGGAGGAGUGGCCAGUACUGGAAGUGGCACUACCAUACCGCUUAACUCCACACAAGCUCUCGAGGAUUUCGAAAAGAAGUGCACCGUGAUGACGGACGAGAUGCGGGCUGUUAUACAAAAGGUUUUGGCAAAUCCGGAUCUCUCGACAUUCAUACAAACCAAUUCCAGUAGCAAUAAUAGUGCAAAUAAUCAAAAUCAUCUGGUGCCUUCGUAUAUAUCGCCACCGAUGUCGCCAUCGGUUGUGGGUGGCCUAAACAUGGGCAUGGCCAUGGGAAAUGUGGCCACCCUGACAUUGGCAUCCAAUCCGAAUGUGACAAUAACACCACAGUUGCCGGGACACUUUCUACAUUCGCCAUCCAGUUCGUGUUCCAGUUCGAGUGCCUCGAAUACGGCGGCAUCACCGCUGAGCAGUGGCGGCGGCGGUGGAGGGGGAUCAACAAGUGGGGCGGGUGGAGCCGGUGUGGUGGGGUCAUCCAGCGGGGCAAGUGGUCGGCAAAAGAGCGUGAUUUGUUCAACCAAAAGCAAUAAUCUACCCAUGGCCAUACUUUCGCUAGCUAGCAAUAAUAAUUCAUUAGGGGUUAGUUCAAAUUCAGGCGGACGGCGGAGUAAUAAUAAUAAUAAUAAUAAUAAUAAUAAUAAUCAUAAUAGUAAUUACAUUCGUCAGACACACAGCCAAACUAGUAGUAACCACAGCAAUACACAAACCACCCAACAACAACAACAACAACAACCCACACCCACUGACGUAAUCGAUCUGUCCUCCUCCCGAAGGUCACUCGCUGCAUCGGCGGCCUAUUUGCAGCAACACUCAUCGGCGGUCGCCCAGCAGCAGCAACAGGUGGCAGCGGCAGCGGUGGCCCAGCAUCAACGUUUGGCCGCCGCCGCAGCCCAUCAUGCCCAGCAUGCCCAGCAAAAUGGACGCAGUUCCUCGAAUUCUGGUGGAAAUUCCGGCAGUUCAGCGAAUUCUUCAGGCAACAACAACAAUGGUACGAGUAACUCGGGUUCCACCGGCAAUGGCUCAACCGGCAAUGGUAGUGCCUCAUCCAAUAGCGCCUCCAUGCAUCUGCAACGGCAUGCGGCACUAGUGGCGGCGGCCAGUGCGGCGGAUAGCGCCCAACGGUUGUGCGUCAUACCCGAAAUACCCACCAACAACAUGAACCUGACGCCCUACAAGGUGCAAAAGGUGUGCGUCGACAAGCACCUGGUGCCCUGCAUCAACAUGAAGGCCUACAACGACUCCGAGCAGCUGAUGACCCUCAUCGAGUUCCAGAAGAAUUUCUUUCCCUCGGUGCCACUGGAUCACUGCAAGCGGCUGAUCGAGGCCCUAGGCGUGGAGCUCUACAAGGCGAAUCGGCGACAGGUGCAGAUCCUGAUGGAGUACGACCGCAACUACAACGAGAACAUGCCGCUGGUGCAGGUGCGCGACAUCAUCAAGUACAUGACGCAGCUGACCUUCAUGACGCGCCAGCCGGAGCAGCCGCCGGCCAAAAGGACGCGCACGAGCUAGGAAUUAAGCUGGGGAGCACAACAUUUGCCACCAACAACAACAACAACCACAACAAAAACAGCAGCAGCCACAAUACCAACAACCACACCAACAACACAACCAACAUCCAGCACAACAACAGCCACAACAGGCAGCACCAUUGCAGCCACAGCUCAUACAAGAUCAACAGCAACAUCAUCAGCAGCAGCAGCAACUUUGGUGGCAGGCACUUCGUUGAGGAGACGGGCCCUCACACCGCCAGCGAAUGUGAGCGGUGGUGAAGUUCUGACCAGGCGGAGGGCACUAGCACCGCCGCCAGCUCCACCAGUUCCUGCCACACCACCUGGCACAGGAAGCCGAGGUUCUCCUGCAACAUCAGCAACACCAGCACACACCACCAGCAACACAUACGAAAUGUUGUACUCCCACAACCCACACCCGCACCAUCCAGCCGCCCAGCAUCACACAGCAGCCCAGCAGCAGCACCACCACCAUCAGCAGCAGCAUGAGCAGCAGCGUUUGUUGAAGAAGCGGCAGCAUGCAGAGCAGACGGCUGCCAAAAAUCCCCGAACUGCUGCGGCGGCUGCUCAAAAGAUGGCCGAAGCGGAGCAUGCGUACUUAUCUAAUUUAUAUGGCAAGGCGGCGGCCAGCAUGCUGAGUCCACCAUUGGGCAAUGUUCUGCCCGAAUGGGAGCAGCAUAGGCAGCGAAGGUCACAGGCGGCGGCAGCAGCAGCAGCAGCAGCACCGCCCCAGCAGCAACAUCAGCAGCAGCAGCAACAGCAGGCGGCGGUGGCGCCACCCCAGCGACAUAUAAUGCAUCGCAGGCACAGCGUGUGUGCCGCUGGACUGGCCAGCCUGUCGCCUGCCUCCUCGACACACUCCUCUUCGACGGCCUCGCCCACGGCGGCGGCAGCGGCCUUGGCUGCAGCAUCCUACUACGGAAGUGCAGCGGCAGCAGCGGCGGCGGCAUUUACGGCACCAUAUCAACACCAUCAUCAUCAUCAUGCUGCAGCGGCUGCGGCGGCACACCAUCAUGCGGCAGCAGCAGCAGCGGCAGCGGCGGCAGCUGCAGCGGCCCAUCACACACACGGUCAGCCGUCGCCCACCAUCUAUCCACCCACUCCGCCGCCAUCGGCGCCCUGGGUGCAUCCUUGGUAUGCCGGUGAUGCCGCCUUCUGAGCAAGAGACCGUAGAUAGAGUAUAGAUCCUAGACAGAUUCAGAUCCCAAGGGGCAAGCAACUCAAGCCCCACACUGUACAUUCGAGUUUCUAGUUUGUUAAGCUAUUUAUUAAAACGACAAAAAGUAAAACAGAAAACAAAAAAACAAAAACAAAAACCUAGAGAGAAAGAUAGAGAGGUGCCCCCAAAACAUUUUUUUUUGCGCGCGUGUUCUGGAGGAUAUUAGGUUGUAAGUAGGCUAACUAAAACAAUUUCUGGGCAUUAUAUGUCAACUAACCAAUAUUCGAGGGAAACCUUAUCGAUGAUAUAUGGACUAGAGCUGCUGGGAUUUCGUUUGGUCAAACAACAACAAAAACAACAGCAAAACAACAAACAAACAUUUUUAACUGAGAACUCAAAGAACUGAUUACAUAUUAUUAUCAAAACACACACAGAGAGGACAAUUCGUUAUCCUUUUUGAUUCGUUUGGAAUAUUUUUUCGUGGUUCAAAAGUCUUUUUCUAGAAAUAUUUACAUAAAUUAACAGAUAUAUGCUAUACAUGUGUAAUAUAUAGGUAAAGAGAGCCAACAAACUCGUCAUAUUGUAAACAAGAAAUUAAAUUUCUUGCGUUUCAAAACUAUGCAAAAAAAAA